GAAAAGACUGUCUACUCCUGCGUCUCGGUGGCGUCUUUCUCCCGCGCCUGCACGAACUGAGGUUUUGCGUGGCGGCGGCGGCACCGGCAGCGGCAGCGUCUCUCACUUGAACGCCGCGAGCGGCAGCUUCUCGUCUGUGUCCUGACCUCGGAGCCUACGAGCAGAGCGGCGCGAUGACGGACCGGUACACCAUCCACAGCCAGCUGGAGCAUCUGCAGUCCAAGUACAUCGGCACGGGCCACGCCGACACCACCAAGUGGGAAUGGCUGGUGAACCAGCACCGCGACUCCUACUGCUCCUACAUGGGCCACUUCGACCUCCUCAACUACUUCGCCAUUGCCGAGAACGAGAGCAAAGCCCGCGUGCGGUUCAACCUGAUGGAGAAAAUGCUGCAGCCCAGCGGGCCGCCCGCGGACAAGCCCGAGGAGAACUGAGGUGAGCGCUGCCCAGUCUUCCCCGUGUGCCGGCUGCGAGCCUCCUUGCUCCUGCAUCUCGACCAUUCCGUGUUGGCUGUGUCGCCUGACCUGCGUACCUGUGGAGGAUUCGGAACAAGUCAUGGAGAGACUGUCCGGGUCCGCUCCUUGUGAACUGUGCAGAAGGAGUGAUCCCAGCAUCGGCAAGCGAGGGAGAAGACUGCACGAGAGUGAUGCGCAUUUCGAGUCUGCUUUUCGAUAGUUGAUGUCUUCUUGCCUUUUUAAAAAACCAUAUAUAUAUAAAGUUUAGGGUUUGCUCUA